CGUACCCUCGCCACUUCAAAAGUUGGCCGAAGCUAUUGACUCACUUGUCACCCUCCAGGCACAUUGUGACCAAAUGACACUCUGUUCGCUGGAUGUGUUUGAAACCUUAGAAGACUUAGAAACGGAGUGGUUGGCAAGGGACCCUCGUGAGACUUGGGUGGCACUGUCCGGAGGUCCUAGAGGGGAGCAUUUCGUGGUGGAAGUUGGUGUAGGUGGCCGCAAGUGUGGUGCCUUCGUAGACAUUGGCUCCACGCGAAACUUCAUAAAUCGCGACUACGUUGAGAGGCUACGCCUAGGGGACCAGGUGCAGCGCUUGGAUGGAUUUGUAGCAUCUACUCUAGCCAACAAAGAGCGCAUGGUUGUGAAUGACUACGUCAAGGACGUAAUCUGCACCUUCUACUAUGGAGAUGGGGAACUAAAUCAUAAGAUUUUCCUAGUUAGCGACUACUUACCAUUUGACAUGUUGUUAGGAGAUGGCUAUGGCGGGAUCUUUGUCACGUUGUUUGGCGGAGGACGAGCGGGAGGAGGAGCAGGAGGAGCGGAAGGAGCGGGAGGAGGGAUGGGAAAAGGAGCGGGAAAAGGAGGGGUCGGAGGAGGAGCGGGAGCAGGUGCGGGAGAAGGAGCGCGAGGGGAAAUCCGAAGGGGCAGAGGAGCCGCGGGAGGAGGAGCUGGAGGAGCGGCAGGGGAAACGGGAAGGGGGUUAGGAGCGAGAGAAGGAGCACGAGGAGAAACGGGAAGGGGCGGAGGAGGCAUGGGAGGAGGGAUGGUGGAGGAGGAGAAGCGGGAGGAGCACGAGGACGAGCGGGAGGACGAGCGGGAGAAGGAGCUGCAGGAGGAACGGGGGAAAGAGCAGGGGAAGCAGCGGGAGAAGGAGAAGCAGCAGGGGGGAGAGCGGGAGGAGGAGGAGGAGAGGGAGGAGCAGCAGGAGAACGAGCGGGAGCGGGGCUAUGGCGGGAUCUUUGUCACGUUGUUUGGCGGAGGAGGAGCGGGAGGGGGAGGAGGAGGAGGAGGAGGAGGAGUGGAAGGAGUGGGAGGAGCGAGAGGAGGCGUGGGAGAAGGAGCGGGGAAGGAGCGGGAGCGGGAGCGGGGCUAUGGCGCGGGAAGAGGAGCGGGAGGAGGGGGAGGAGGAGGGGGAGGAGGAACGGUGGGAAAAGCAGGAGAAGCAGCGGAAGGAGGACGUGCAGCAGGAGGAGCGGGAGGAGCAGCAACAGAGGGAGCGGGAGAAGGAGAGGGAGGAGGAGCGGGAGAAGCAGCGGGAGCGGGGCUAUGGCGGGAUCUUUUUCAGACCUACACUGGAGGGCGGUAAGAGCAUCCCCCCAUCACUGGGUGUCAUUUGAUGUAACUUGCCUUGGGCAGGGGGCCCUGUUGAUAAAAGUGCAGUUUUCGG